UAUAUUAUGUUUUGAUGAAUAUUGAUCACACGGAACGUAGUUUGUUGCUUAUGAUAGAGAAUCUUCGGACGUGACAUAUAGGUCUUCGCGGAUGUGAUUAUAUGACAGGGCGGAUUAAUACAUCGACGGAUCCGAGCGAUUCAGCAUGGAAGAACUGACCGCAAGCGAGGGUGAACUAUGAAUGUCAACCCUUCAACGGAAUAUCGGGUGUUUUUACGGGUGAUAUUGUGUCGGAGUGGCAUUGCCUACCUCACUAAACUGAUGUAGAAACACGCUGGAUUUAUACUUUGCCAAGACGAUGGCGAAGACAGCCGACUUGUGGACAUAUUUCUGUGUUGUCACUGUGUUUGGUAUAGUCCGGGGCGUGGACAUAUCUUUCAAUGACCCGAAAGAUGGCUUCUUCCUCAAGUCAACGUAUCAGAAGCUCCGGACGAAGGAUCCGCGGGUGACGGAAAAGGAGGCGUUUAUCGUGACUCAUCCUUCAGAGCUAUACAAGCUCCGGGUCCACCAUGGACCAUUCGAGGUGUACCAGUCUGUACCGGACGCACUGCUGGAAGAAGCCCGGAGCGAGGGCGAGAACCUCAACCUCAUGCACAGACAGAUCUUGUACAACACUGACAUGAGUGCACAUAUUGUCACAGACAGACUCACACCCAAAUGGUCACUUUUACAGGUACUGGUGCAUGCACAGCCUUUUGGUAGUCGGAAAGCUGACGGAAUGUACAAUGUUUAUGGGUAUGAUCAGCAAUGGUGUGGUCAGAUGUUUGUGGAGCAUCAGCACCAACAGCUGUCAGCAGUGUGCGUUCUCAGUGAGAGGGACAGUGUGUGUGUGAUGGGCAUUGAGCUUCCGUCGGAUUGGUGGCACCAUAAUGACACUGAUGUGUCUGUGUAUUACCACGUCUCCCGAGUCGGCGCCAACCAUGAAUGUGCCAGUGCAUCCAACUCCAUCGUACCAGGACGCUCCAUGUCGGGCAAUACCGAUCAGAAAAAGACCUUCAUUGCAACGAUUCGUUUGGCAGAAAAGGAAUACAACUACGAAAUACGAAAGGAUCAGAAUCUUAUAUUUCACGUACCAACACAGGAUUUCUUUCCAGCGGCCAAGUUUGAUGUUCCCGUGUACCUGGAUACCGGCUCAAAACUUCAAGUGAUUGUCAUCAAGGUGAAGGUGCGUAAUGGGCUUCUGAUUCGAGAUGCAGUGGUGAGUGAGAACAGCCCAUGGAGUAUAUAUGUCGAGAUCAGUGACAGACAGCGAUCUGCCACAGUUACAGCCUUCGUCAAGGACACUGAAAAGCUCAGCCAGAGGUCAAGCUCUCUGGAAAUCUUCCACUGGCAGUUUGAGGUUGAGGACAGCAUCAUGAGUCCAGAGAAUGGCCGCAUCAUCUGGACCAUCGACUACGAGAAGAACGCUCCGGCCCUCAACUCCUACUACCCGCCUCGCAACUCCCGCGUCACGGCACGCAUCAAGAUCGCAGGACGCUACCACGAGAGAAUUGUCCCUGUUUUCAAGGAGACUGAGAUUCUGAACACAGCCAUCUUAACAGGAGAGAGACUGUCGUUCCCGCUGAAAGUCUAUGCUGUGUCGGACGUUGGGAUAUUCCGCGAUGUGUCGGUUCUCACUGCCUGCCACUCAACAGACAAGGACGUCCUCAAGGUUGCACCAGAUUGCUCAGAAAUCUACUUUGAAGGUAAUGAAACACGUGGCUCGCACAACGUCACUGUGAUCGCCAAGACUGGCCUGUACACGGACAACAUGUACAUCCGCGUGUGGGUUCCCGAGAGUAGGCUGGACAUCCAACUGUCGGACAACAAGCUCGGACAGAUUCGGGGCUGGAAGGUGCAGACCAAGGCCCAACGAAGCAAACGGAGUGUUGAUUUUGGACUGCUGACCCACUCAGGGUUCUAUGUUAGUGAUCGUAACCAGAAACUGGACCGUCAUGGCUGCCAGUUGCGUCUGCAGCAAGCUGAGGUCGAGGUCUUCACCCGCUUCCACAUAGAAUCUCGGUCUCGUAUUGACUACUACCACAACCGAAAGGCCUAUCUCAAGGUCACUGACAUUGUCUUGAAGAGGAUGAGAAUGUCGGAUCCAAGGAUUGCUUCCCUUGAAGGGAACAUCAUCCAAGGUCUAGGCCAAGGAAGGACUGAAGUCCAGGUGCUGUCACCGACCGGGCGUGUCAUGGCUGCCAGGGAGGUCCGUGUGGGCAAGGAGAAGGUUGUCAUAGAGCGUCUGCUCAUCCGAGUCAUCAGCGGCGUCCGGCUUGAUAUCGUCAAGGGUUCGCUUCCUGGCACCCUCACCGCCAUUGCUCACCUUGAGCACAAGCUGAUGUCCAAACACAAGGAGGCAAGUCUGGAUGUGUCCGUGCAGUAUUCUGAUGGCACAAGCUUCCCUCUAAAGUACAUCAAUUCUAAGGACUAUGACAUAAAGAUUUCCUCCCUCAACCACCAUGUGAUCGACAUUCUUGACACGGACAACUACGAGAUCCGUGCAGUUGGUGAAGGAAGUGAUGAAUUCGUCAAAGUUGUUUUCAGGCAUGGAGACCAAUGCCCACGAAAACGUUCCCGCCCACUCUCUACAACCUAUGUAUAUGUGACUGCCGACUUCUCCAAGGAAGGUAGCUACCAUGACAGUCUUCAGAGUGACGGCAACUACAACAACCGCGCCAGCGGACGGUGGGAGGAUGAAGAUGAUCACAACCAGAACAUCCAGAAAAUACAUAUUGACAAUAAAGACAAAUACUUUCAACACCAGUCUAAGUCAAAGUUCGAUAAGAUUUUGAAGAAGGACAAGUCUGAUCCUCAAGUGAUUCCUGUCGAUUUGGCCUUUGGUAAUCUCCCCAUGUCCAAACCCAAAUCUGAAGCUCACCAGCAGCCAAUCCGAGAAAACAACCGCCUGUCUCCAUUGGAGAUUGGCAUGUAUGUCCUGCUGGCUGUAUUCUGCGUGGCCAUAUUGGUCUUUACUGUUAACUGUGUUGUAUUCAUGCUCAGAUACCGCCGAAAGCGUAUUCCAAAAGGUCCUAAGGAUACAGUAUCUCAGGCACAUGACUGGGUAUGGAUCGGACGCUCAACGCUCGAGCGUAAUGGUGCUCAUCACACACGCUGCUCACAGACGCUCAUGCCAGAGGAGGACUUCAAUGGGAACCAGAUGAUUGUUCGUCCUCAGAGCAGCAGUCACAGCUCUAACAGUUCACAGAACGGUGGAAGCAACCGCAACAGCACCGUGUCGACAUACAAAGGCUCGGAAUGCAGCAUUCGGAUCACUGCCAACCCACUCUUGGAUGGGGCAGAAGUCCCCAACCCAGAGGAUGCCGAAUGGGAUUAUGAAGCAAUGGGGAUGACAUACGAUCAACUAAUGGAAUACUUUGAUAAUUUGAAAGAGUCAACUGCAUAACGCCUUAAGUUUUAAUCUUCUUCUGAACUAUUUUCAAUUUUCUGCUGUAUACGAGAGAGCAUGAACACUAUGAGGAAUAUGGCACUUUGCUUGCAUUUUCGUCCUGUUUCAUGUCCAGUGUUGAGGGAACAGUUGGAUGCAGUGCGUCUUGCCUUUUGCCAGAAUGAACAGGAAAACACAAGUGGAAAUCUCUCCCUUACGAAAUGGUUGUGCAGAAGACUGGAUUAGGGCACGGUGUGGUACUGAGCUGUGGACAUGAGUGUUGUUCAGGUAUUUAAUGGGCCAGGUCCUCGUUGUGAUGUGAACCAAGUAUUUCUUGAGGACCCACACUCAUCUAGCAGUACUAGAGACUUAUACCAUCAUACUGGCACCCUUGUAUUGUCUAUACUACAUGUGUAGGAUAUACGUGAUUAUAUGCCACACUGAUAGUUUGUGAUCCUAUAUUGGAAGUAUUCACUGUAAAUAAUUGUAUGCUGCCUGAAGGUCCUAUUGAGAUGUUCCAUGGCAGGAAAAAGGCAGGUGGGACCUGAAAUGCAUAAUGACUAAAUUUGAGAGUUUAUGUAUCAAAAUGGCGGCCUCUUAGCACAUGCCUGAGCAGUGAGAUGGCAUUAUAGUGCUGGUGUAUAUAAUACUCAUAUUGUCUUAUAUAUUUGCAUGUGACAGGCAAAGGAGACAAUCAUGGCAUAUGAGAAUGUGGUCCUGAGUCAAAGGAGUUGGUAAAGGGAAGUAACUCUAACAAGGGAGAGAACUGGUGAUGAUAGGACCAGGCACAUGCACAGUGAAGAACACUGUGUGGUGGUCAUGUAGAAUAACAUCAACUACUUCUACAGACAUGGCAGAUUAUGUUGAGUCCUUUCCCGGACAAUGUAGGCGAAAGUAACCAAAUUUCCUUGAAGAAAAUGUUUUGGUCAGAUGAAUUUAAAAUCUUUUAGCUUGAUCUUGGACAUUUUUUACUGUCUGUAACCGGCUGACAUGAAGACUGCAAGAUGAGAUAACAUCAAAUGCUUUUUAAAAUGCACUGUAAACCAGAGUGUAUUUUUGUGUCGAAAAAAAUAUUGUGGAAAAUAAUGAUCUGUAAGAAGUGGAUCUGUAUUGCUCGCUGCAACUGUUCUCUUUGUCGAGAAUUGUUCUUUGUUUUUGAUGGUUAACAAAAAGUAGUUGAGUAUCAAAUAUCCUGGUCAGUGUGAUUGUUGUGAAGUUACUGCAGGCCACCCCUAUAUGUGCGUUAACCAACCCUCCGCUGUACACCCAACAAAAGGUUGCCAUUUGGUUCUGGGAGAGUCCAUUUAACAACAGGGAUGGUACGAUCUCUCUCAAUAUACCCCUUGAACAAUUAUAAUAUAUUUCCUUAGAUUAUUUUCCAUUCUGUUUGUGUGUAUUCUCCCUGCUUUGUUCAGUGGAAUGCCCCGGGGCUGUAAUGCCCAUCAACAGAAUGGAAGAGUCCUGUCUUUAGUAGGGGUGUCAAGUGCAGCCCUGUCUGUUUUUUAACUGAGCUGUUUUCUCAGCCCUGUGUUAUAGUGUUGUUUAUUAUGCAUAUGCGAAAUGCAAUAUAUUGAAUAUAUGCUGGAACCCCCUCACAGUGUCUUGCUUUGGGAAAUUACUUUGAUCAGCAGUGAUAAAUAUAAAAUUGAGAAAUGCAUCAAGACCAGUUUGCAUUUGCUUGAUGGAAAAUUAGUGAGGUGGUAGAAUCAUCAAAGGGGCAGCAGUUUGCUGUGGUGAAGGUCUGAGACCUGCAUCACUUUGGGUUUUCCUCCAUCAAGCUGACUUGCUAUUAAAUAACUAAAUACGGAAAAAAGCAGUAAACUCAAUGCACUCACUAUGAAAAAUUGCGUGUAAAGAAUAUUGGCAAUUUUGUCAUGUGAAAAGUGAUUUGAAAUGAUUUCAAUCGAUAUUUCCUUCUUGAAAAAAAUGGCUGUCUUAACUGCACAGAUUAGAGGAAAAUUUGACCUAAAUUUGAGAAGUCAAGCCAACAAUUGCCAGAAAAUUUGGAGUAGUUUUACUUCCAUCUGCGUGUGUUAUUUUAGACAGGUGGAGUAAGUCCUGACCAAGACACUGUGACUAGGGAGCCAGCAGUUACUAUGACUAUGAUGUAACUCUGUGUAGAUUGUGUUAGCGUGGACACGUCGCUUCAGUGGUGCUCCUGUGCAAGUCAUGUGACUUGUCAUUUCACAGCAAAUAGAUCUGACUUUCCCCCACUCCUCACGUCUUUUUCAUUAGUCAUUCAAAAGAUUGUGAUUAGUUGCCAAGGUAAUGUUGUCGAAAUCUAUAUCAGGAUUACAGAUCUUGUAAUAAUGAAAUCUCAAUUCAAACUUUUGAAAGGUGAUUAAUUUCGUUCAAGAAAUUUGAUAUUAGUAUUACUGAUUUGGAAAUUACUGAAGCAAAUAUAAAUGCAACGUAGUGCUAAGGAAUUGAAUGGCAUGACAAAAUCAGUAUAAAGCAAUAGGCGUUUGCUUCAUGGGAAGUAUGUUUAUUUUGGAAUUUCCUCUUGGAGAUUGUAAUUAGCUCCUUUUUAGAAAACAAGUGAAGUUGUUGUUAGUGACCUAAAUAUUGCAAACCACAUGUAAAAUAUGACACUUUUACUGAAAGUAUUUGUGUGUGUUGAUGUUUGUUGCAACCUAAUCCUUAUUGUCUUUAGGACGCUAGGAUAGAUAUUAAAAUGUUAUUUUUUUUAAUAAAAAAAAAUAAAUUCAGUGUCUAAGGCUAUAGUGAAUUAAUUAUAACAUUUUCAGACAAAAUUACCCAAACAAACAUAUACCACUCCACUUUUGAUAGGAAUAAUCAGAUAUGUCAUUAUAUUUAAAUUGCACUUGACAUACCGUAUUCCACGUAAUAAGCGCCCUGCUCUAAUAAGCGCCCACGGCGAUAUUUGUUAAUAUAUUGGCUAGUGAACAAUCUCAAUUAACACCCUUCCGAUUGAUUAAUGUACACAAGACUUAUUUAUUUGCGUAUAAUACACACUCAUAUGCUAUAUGCACCCUUAAUUAUGGGCAAUUAAAUCCUAGAAAAAUAUAUCUGUUGUAUAUAAACAUUUCAGGCUGUCAGCAUAAACCACGAAAUUUACGAUCUUUCAACUCAAAAAAAUAUUCUAAUAAGAGCCCCCUAUUUCUAAUUUUGAGAGCGCCCUGGGCGCUUAUUACAUCGAAUACGGUAUUAUGAGUGUCUGUUUUGUGUAUCAUGAAAAGAUAAAAAAAAGAUAUCCCUAUCAAAAGAUGGAGUAGUGUAUAUUAAACAACUAGUCACUGUUUCAGGUUUGGAUUCAGAACAAUUGAAUAUUUUUCCCAACAAACCCAACUCCAAACCAGUUCUUGGAACUGUUUUGAUGGGAAUGGGAUCUGUGAAAAAUGACAAAAAAAUGAUUCAUUUUGGCAGAUUUUAAUUUGUUGUGUUUAAAAUAAUCAAUUCAUUAUGGUCUUGUUUUUUAACUAGUGAAGACCCUGUUAAGUUUUGCACAUUUCUUGAUUGUGACAACACCUGAUGUUAAUUAGUUUCCUGUAACCAUGGUAACAGAUUGUUCAUGUCAUUGUCUUGUUAAAGUUCCCCAGAUGCUUGGUUGCCCCUACUGUUGUCUAAUCAGCAAGCCUUUGUGAUACUAUCAGAUUUAGCAUUUUCCUCAAGAAUCCACAAGUAAAUAUCACUUAACUUCUCUAUAACUACUUUACAAGUCAUUUUUAGAUCUGUAUUUUUUCUUCUAUUCUAUAACUUUCCAUGAUUUGCUAUGUGUUAAUAAGUAUUUGGACUUUUUAUUUACAUAUUUUUGUUUUUUUAUUUUGAUGGCCAUUUUAAUGAUGGAAUUUACUGCAUCCUAUAUUUUUCUCAUGAUCAUUGAAUAAUGGGACAUUUCUCAUCUUUUGUUGCAUAUUAAUUCUAGCAGUUGAGAAAUUAUGAGUAGGACUUAAUAAACUUUGAAUUAUAUUAGUUAUUUCAAAAUGUUACUGAUUUAGGCUAUUUGGCUAAAAAAUACCAACCAAGUAGGGUGGCUUACACAUUUGUUAGAAAUUUUUAUACCCUACCUGAAUUCAACAGUCUUGAUGGCAUUUAAGAAAAAGGAGAAUUGAAGUCUAUAAAUUUGAAUAAUUAAAUCCUGGCAGUCUUAAUCAAAUCAGUUUCUGAACAUUUGGCAUUAUUAUCCUAAGGUUCACAAACAGUAAUCAAAAUACAUAUUUCAUAUCAAGAAAACAAAGUUGAUUAGAAUUACUCCAGGUUGGCCCUGUAGUGUUGACUUGUGUAGUUAGCUAUUGUAUAAAAAUCUGGUGCUUACCGAAAUACGGCAAAAUUAGGGCGCCAGACAAUGACCUGGAACUGUAAAUGUUGAGCCUCCUCCUCACCUUGUGUCCUGUUCCACAGAGCAGACUUAGCUCUACAAUCGUUGUUAACCUGCUUCAUGGACCAGAGCCCUGGUGAGGUGAGCUAAAUCAAUAUUCUUGUUGUGAUAAAGUGAUAUAAGAGGCUGGGUAAAUUGCUUAGGUAGGCGGUCGGUCAUGAGAAAUGAAAGAAUUAUUUUAACAAGCCUUGGAUAGCCAUGCAUUGUGAAAGACAACCGUAUGUGUUCAGCACGUCUGCCUGUCUGCCUAUGGUCACAAUGCUGCAGCAACACUACAGUUUUUUGGGUAUUUCCUGUUAAGUUAUAUCCCUCACUGUCUUCAAGUCUGUGUGGAUGUGUGUCUGUCUGUCUGUCUGUCCUGUGUUGUCAUGUGACUGUCAUGUGACCUGUCACAUGACAUAGCAGUGACAGUGUGUCUGUUGUUUGUGACAGAUCAGUUCUACUGUCAAUAAAUCAUUUCAUUAUAA